GAUGAGAUCAUCAGCUGAAGCCCCGCCCUUCAUGUUGGAUCAGUCGAUGGUGAAAGGCAGCCUCUCCAUCACCGAGAGAACUGCUCUGCUCUCUUUUCUCUCUUUCUGCUGAUAUGUUGCUUGUGGCUUUCUUCUGUUUCCUGAUCCUCUCGCUGGUCUCUGCAGAUCAGCGAGAGAUAAAAGUGAAUCCUGGACAGGACGUCUCUCUUCAAUGUCGAGGUCCCAGAGAUGCCUCCGUCACACUGUUGGAGUGGACCAGACCUGACCUGAAGUCAGACGGUUACGUGUUCUUUUACCGAAACGAGCGGCCGUAUGAAAACUACCAGCAUCCAUCUUUCAAUGGUCGAGUGGAGCUGAGAGAUCCAGAGAUGAAGGACGGAGACGCUUCUGUUGUCCUGAAGAACGUCACCUUCAACGACACUGGAACAUACGAGUGUCGGAUUAUAACUAACGCACGCAAACAGAUCAAGCACGUCAUCGACCUGAAAGUUACAGACUCAGCGCCCGACACUCCUGAAGAUCCAGAGAAGCUUCAGCCAACCUCCGAUAACGAGACUGCAAUCGCCGUUCCCACCCAGGCGUUCAGGAGGAUACAAGGAAAGCUGCUAGCUGUUUUUAUUACUAUAAUUGUUUGUAUUAUUGCUUUUAUAAUGGGUGCGAUUUGUAUGAUUUAUAGAUCAUGUAAAAAUUGCAGAAAAUCAGUCGACCAGCGUCCUGAUGACGAGGAGAUUGAGAAUAAGGAGGACGGAAAGGUCUCAGAUGUCUUGAUUCCUGAAUAGUUGCUUCUUGCUGCUGUUACAGAAAUGUGAAACAUGUUUUAAAGGGUCAGUGCACUCAAAUGAACCUUUAAUGACAACAGAAUAAGAGAUAAAAGAACAGUUAAACUAAUCAGCAUUAAUGCUGUAAAUUAAUGAGCAAACACCAAGAUGACAGUUGGCUGUUUUCUGGUUGCAGCGCCCUCUGCAGCUGCAGAGAGGUGACCAUUCAGACUAGAGUUAAUGUUUAAUCAGUGCUGCAGCGUUAGCUUCCCAAAGGAGGGUGAGCUGGACAGAAACAGCAACACAAUAUGAAUCGUCUGUAUAAAGAUAAUAUUUUGAUUUACCGUAAAACUUUGAAUAAUAGCCCAUGCUUUUAUUUGCUAAAAUCACAGAAUUGACCCUGCCUGUAUUUGGGACAGGCCUUUAAUUCUUUUUGCACAA